AGGUUACGCGACAUCGAUGCGGCACCUGAGAAAAGGGGAAUCAGUCGGUGGGAUUGGAACGCUCAGCCCGGGAUGCCGGAGAAACGUGUCACAACACAGAGGGGAAGAGAAAGAAGAGAGUGUCGGGGAAAAUGCAGAGGUAACGGAGGUGCCGGAGAUCCUGGCAGAACACGAGAUUGAUCUACAUGAAUACCGUCCUGUGGUUAACUCUAUACGUAAGAGACCUGAAGCUUGGUUGCAUUCAAUAUGAGUGAGUAUGCCACACUGAAUUCUCUAGGGAAUAUGUUGCUAGGUUCGGCAAGGAACCAUAGAUUUGUCUGCCAAUAAGUAUUUAGGCAACAGAUUGGUGAAACAAAUGAUUGUUUGCUUUUACUUGCUGAUUUCUUAUUGUCAUAUCAUGUUCUUCUU